ACGCGGUUUAACAAUCUUGUAACCAAUCAAAUCUUCCUUUUUCCUUGCCGCACCAAAGACUUUGGGAGUUUUCUUGAAUUGGACGUGACGGUGCAUUCUCAGCCUUGCGCCAAUCUAUCACGAGCCGCUCUUCAAUUCAACAACCGACAGCAGCCAUCAUCAUGGCCGACGCAAAGAUUCAGGAGCUUCUCACGAAGCCUCGCAACGAAUUGACGGAGUACGAAAUCUCUCUUCUCGAAGAGCACGAGUUCAGUGCGGGUCCUCUAUCCAUCCUCCAGACCGCCGUCCGAUCGCAUACCCAAGUUCUCAUCUCCUGCCGCAACAACCGCAAGCUGCUGGCGCGUGUCAAGGCUUUCGACCGGCAUUGCAACAUGGUGCUUGAGAAUGUGAAGGAGAUGUGGACCGAGACCCCGAAACUUUCCAGCGGCAAGAAGGGUAGACCUGUCAACAAGGACCGCUUCAUUAGCAAAAUGUUUCUGCGAGGGGAUUCAGUUAUUCUAGUUCUACUUAGCUAGAGGGGUGAAAAGGCAAGCUAGUUACAUAACCCUAGUUCGCUCAUACGACAUGCCCUUCACUGUAUCCGGUGUCUGAAAUAGGAAGACAAAAGGCGUGAGGCUCGGAGACAGCAUGCUAAUGCAGCAAUUUGCCAUGUGCUGUGCUCAUUCCGAAGGUGGCAGCUUAAUAAAGCACCUUAUAAUCAUCAGAUUGAAGAGCAGAUAAA